CAUAAACAAAUAAAAUAAAAAUGGAAAAUAAGUUGACAGGUAGCCAAGCAAAAUUUGAGCCAAAAUCUCAAUCAAGAGUCUUUGUCCCACUCCAGAAGGAAAUUCAAUCUCACUCUGCAGUGAUAGCCCCAGCAAAAAGUAGUGCUCCUGUCAAUAAACACUACUCAAAUAUUGCUGAGGAGGACUAUGACUACCAUGCUUUAGAAGAUCUACAAAUGAAAAUGCUCCAGUCUCCAAAUAAGUCAAGGAAUUUGGUCUCUGGCUACAACAAAGAGUCAGCCAUGAAGAAGACCAGUAAGGAGUUUCUGCCGCUGGCGCAGAGGAUAUAGCUGCCAAAAAGAUUUCAGUGACUUUGACUGAACUCAAAGAAGUCAAAGAGGAGAAAGCUCUCCUCCAACGGUCAACAAACCUGACACCACAAAAUGAGCAGGAUACAAAUCAACAGAAACCUGUUGACCAGACUAUAAAGUCUGGAAUCAAGACUUCUUCAGUGAAUAAAUGAAGUCUGAAAAAUAGCUCCUCAUUAAGAAAUACGAGGAAGCCGAUAAAAGAAAUAAAGCCUUUUAAGCCAAAGCUAAUCAAAAGUCAGAAGAAAGUAGCAAAAUCUUCCAUGUCUCUCAUCUCCAAGGAGUUCAGAAUAAAAGAUAAGGAAGGCAAGCAAAAGGAAAAACAGAUAAGACUGAGCCUCGAAUCACCGGCCAAGCCUGGCUUUUCAUCAGAAGAGGAAGGGCUCUCAAUUAAGAACUCUACCUAUGAGACACCAACAAAGCAGUGCCUUAUCAAAGCAAAGCCUGAAGAGCAGGAGCUUUAUGAUACUAUCGAGGAAACCCGUAGCAUUGAGGAGCCAGAGGAAAAUCAAUAUACUCCGGAAACUUUCCAGACUCAUUGUCCAAACAGUGAAUCCAGGUCCUCUUCUGCUCAAGAUCAGGGGCAGAGCCCUGAUGACGCUAGCUCAGAAUCCACAGACAGAAAUGUGGAUGAGAUAAGUGAAGAAGAUGGGGAUAUUAUUUUUCCGACCGAACAAGAUUCAGCUAUCUCUGAAGAAGACAAAAUUAUCUUCCCUCACUCUUCUCCGAAAAUUCUCGAAGAGGGAGUGGUAGUAAAAUCCCAUGGAGACAUCAGAAUGGAAGUUAAUACAACUGUUAACAUACUGAUCAGCUCAAAGAAAGCAACAAAAAAGUUUCCAAUGCAAGAGUUCCUGAAAUUAGGGAAAUCGACGAUCUGAAAUAUCUCAGAACAGAAUCCUUCUUAUAUAAACAAAUUAACACUUGCAAGGGACAAACAGGUGAGGAUUAAUCCAGAAUUUGAUCAAAGGAGAGGAAAUUUAAGAAGGUCUAACAAGUCAAACAAAAAAGAUUUCUAUAAUUCCCAUAUCUCCCAUGGAUUCACAAGGAAUCCAAUCUCAGAGGCCACCAAAGAAAUGAAAGACCAAGCUUCCUCUUUCAAACUCGAACGUAGUCGCGUCAACAGAUCAGACAUCGAACUCAGGGCUAAGGCUGUCCUCAACAAGAUAACUCCUGACAACAUCACUAGACUCAAAGAAGAACUUUACACAGUUAUAAAAUCCUGAUCUGACGAAGAAGAGACCCAAAAAGUAGUCAAGAUAAUCUUCCGGAAAGCCACAUUAGAAGAAAAAUACACGCCAAUGUAUGCUUCCUUAGUCAAGGACCUCGGCCAGAGACAGUACGAGGACAGUUCCCAAGCUGAAAGCUCCUCUUCAGGUUCUAAGAUAACCGGGCUGACUAUGGCCAAGAAGAGCAUGCUCAAGUCCCAUAUCGUUAACGAAUGCCACUCUUGUUUCUGUGAGUUCUUCACUGAAAUGGACAUGACUGGCAUCCUCGAAGAGGAUGCCGAAGAGCAUGUCUAUAAGUACAGGAAGAGACUUUUUGGAAAUCUCAUGUUCGUGGCUGAAUUGUCGAAGAAGAAGUUACUUACUAUAAGGACUACACUUGAGAUACUAGCUGGUUUACUAGGAAAAGAUCCCAAGAAUCCUGAACUAAAGUCCAAUGAAUUCACAGUUGAAGGGGCAUGCAUAUUCGUCAAAAGAGUUGGUCCUAGGCUCGAUUUCAAUGUUCAAAAAUCCAAGAAAUCUAAGCCUCUUGAGAGAAAGCCUCAUCAUGACGAAUUCGAUAAACUAAUGAUCGUCUUCGAACAAUUUCAGUCCAAAGAAUAUAACAAAACCAGGGUUGGCUAUCUCAUCAAAAAUAUCCUUGAAAUGAGGAGUAAAGGAUGGGAAGACAGAGCCCUUAAGGAAGGACCAAAGACUAAGAAACAGAUCCAGGAUGACCACUUUGCUUCCCUUCAAGAGCAAGAAGAACCCUGCCCGAAGAAAUAUUCCUCCAAAAAAUCCACCAAAGCAAGCUCUAGCGAGGGAUUUUUUGAUGACUUUAGUGCCUUCGAGGAUUUCAAUCCAACGAAUUUGAAAGAAAAGACUAGUGUUCGAAACUCCCAGAAUGAAGAAGAAAAGACAGAAAGUAGUCAGACUCAAAAUCUGGACGAUAACAUACUUUCAGACAGAUUUAUUGGUAACUUUUCGGAGUGGGUUGAGUCCUCAAUAUUCAACUUUACAACAUACAUGAAGCCUGAGAACAGAUGUGACAAGCAUAAGAUCGUCAAGCUCUUACUGGAUAAGCUCUACGACAAGAAAGAAGAGGAAAUCCUGAGAUUCCCUGAAUACUUUGAAAUACUCUUCACUGAAAAAUGAUUUACAAGUAAAGACAUUGAAGCUGGCUUGACUGAGUUCUUCAUUACGAUCCCUGACAUCGAAGCUGACUUCCCACAUCUUGCAGAUCAGCUCAGUGACUUUCUCUACUUCAUCUUCGUGGAAAAAGAAAUGGCGAAGUUCAGAAGGGUCAAAAUCAACAUUAAAUCCGAAGGAGAAGACGAUCCAGAUAUUUUCGUUGAAAUCUACUUCAAAAUCUUUGCAUCUCUUUUGACCAAGAUUCAGACAGAACUGGGGAAUAAAAAGCUUGUUCACUACUACAAGAAAUUUAAACUGGAAAAGACUUGUAAAGCACUGAAACCCUACAUCCUUGAGAAGGACUUGUUUGAUGAGUUGUCUGGGGCUGGAGUCCCAUCAACAGUGAUUCCCCUGAUUGAUACCUAAUUUUCUACACAUA